CUCUAACGAUUCUGCUAACUUGCCAAUAUUUACGUGAAGAUGUUUACAUAACCCUGCACCCUCUCCACUCGAAUUACAAUUAGCGAAGGACCGUAAAUUAGUAAAAAGGAAGGGAGGGACGUUGGCAUUGUUUUUGUCGAAUAUAAUAGAAUAUAAUAGAACAGCUGGAGUGGAGUGAAACAGGUAAGAGAAUGAGUCAAGGCUAAACGUGUAGAACGGAGUUGAAUAGAAGACAGAUAGCUUAUAGGUUAGCAAUUAUUGGUCUGUCACGUGUGAGGAACGGGCAGAGACAGAGCAAGGGAAUGCGUGUAUGAUGGAGAGACGUGAACAGCAAGCAUUGUAUAUACAUAACUAAACACGCACAUACACACACGAAAAGUAAUCAAAGCAAGCGAACCCAAACUCUCGGCACUUUCCACCGACCUUGACAGUCGCCUCUUUUACUUGAAUGUCCUUGACAAAACAAAACUGAACCAGCCAUUAUGAGAAUUCGCAGUAAUUCCGGAGUCCGUUUGGACUAUUAUUCGAGGUUGGUUAGCAAAACCAUCCUCGCAAAUCAGAAUGUAGCAAGUGGACUGAUAACUACCACUAAAGACCGACAUGCUUGGGUGCGUGACAAUGUCUACAGUGUCAUGGCAGUAUGGGGAUUGGCUCUGGCCUAUCGGAAAACGGCAGAUUUUGAUGAAGAUCGAUCAAAAGCAUAUGAGUUAGAGCAAUCUGUCGUGAAGCUGAUGCGGGGAAUUUUACGAGCCAUGACAAUGCAAGUGCAUAAACUGGAGAAGUUCAAAGUGACACAAAGCGCAGUGGAUUCACUUCAUGCGAAAUAUGACUCUGAGACAUGUCUACCUGUUGAAGGCGAUCUUGAGUGGGGUCAUUUGCAAAUAGAUGCCACAUCACUGUAUGUACUUAUGUUGUCUGAAAUGACAGCCUCAGGUUUAAAAAUCAUAUUUUCAUUGGACGAAGUUGCUUUUAUACAGAACCUGGUAUUUUACAUUCAAGCUGCUUACCGUAUCCCAGAUUAUGGUAUUUGGGAACGAGGUGACAAAACCAACCAUGGAUUGCCAGAACUCAAUUCUAGUUCUAUUGGGAUGGCCAAGGCUGCUUUAGAAGCUAUUGAUGGCCUUGACCUUUUUGGGUCACGUGGAGGUCCCAACUCAGUGAUUCAUGUUUUGCCUGAUGAAGCUCAACAGUGUCAGGCUAUUUUCCAUUCGAUGUUGCCUCGGGAAUCAAAUUCAAAGGAAAUUGAUGCCGGUUUAUUAAGUGUGAUUAGCUAUCCUGCUUUUGCCUGUGAUAAACCUGAACUUAUUCUGGAAACUAAAAAACAUAUUCAAGAAAAAUUACAAGGCAGAUACGGUUGUUGUCGCUUUCUCCGCGAUGGUUACAAGACACCCAUGGAGGAUCCUAACAGAUUAUAUUAUGAACCUGGAGAGCUGAUGAAGUUUGAGCAUAUUGAGUGUGAGUGGCCUCUGUUCUUCACCUACUUCAUUCUGGAUGGACUUUUCACUAAUAACAUGGAGCAGACUGAAAGGUACCGGUCUCUAUUGGAUGAUGUCAUUCACAAAAAUGACGAAGGCUUAGCACUGGUUCCAGAGCUUUUCACGGUACCUCAUGAAAAGGUUGAUGCUGAAACUAAGAAUCCUAAAUCUCAAAAAAGAAAAGCUAUUGGAAGAUUACCACAUUUGUGGUCUCAAUCGCUGUAUGUCGUGGGGAGACUCAUCUAUGAGGGAUUCCUGUCUCCAGGAGAGUUAGAUCCACUGAACAGACGUUUAGUAUCUACUGCACGUCCAGAUGUCGUUGUUCAAGUGGUAAUUUUAGCUGAAGAUGAAUUUAUCCAAGAACGUCUCUCAGACUAUGGUAUUGAUGUGCAAACAACUAAAGAAGUAGAGCCUAUAAAAGUCUACCCAGCUCGUAUUUUAAGUUUUAUCUACUCUUUCCUGGGAAAGAACAAACGCCUUGGUUUAACUGGACGACCGUCUAGUGAAAUCGGUCUUUUGGCAACUAGCAAACUUUACACACUCAAAGAUCAAAUUUUAGCAUUUGCACCACAGUUUCUGGACCGACACCACUUUUUUGCAGUUCUUGAUCCUCAGUUCAUUGUAGAUUUUAUGCGUUGGGAGAUUAGCUUUUUAAAGAGCAACUGGAAAGCCACAAAAGGGAGACCUACUUUGAUUGUCGUUGUUCAACCUUGGGUUUUAGAUCAUGGAAAGAUUCCAUCUACUGCCCUCAUAGCCAACAUCAAAAAACUACAAAGUGGUUACAUUAAUGGUGCUCGUGUUCAGGUUGGAAACUUGAAAGACUUCUUGAGUACCAGUUGUGUGACUAGUUUAAGUUUUAUUUUUAACACUGAAGACGUUGAUCAAGAAAGUAAACUGUUACGCAGUAUCAAGAACAAGCUGGAUGCUGUCUCUGCUCAUGGCCACAUUUUACGAAGUUCUGAUAUGUGGGAUCGUAAGAGAAGUGCAGAUGCUCGGAAGAUUCGCAGGCGCUCAUCUGUCCAUGGAAUUGUCCGAAGAUCUCGGAGUAUACAAAUUGAUUCUGAUAGUCCAACAGCAGAUGGGAGCAGUAGCAAAUCUAGCAGUCCUGGAUCUCCUAAAACCCCAAAGGAGUUCCAGAUACCACAACAUUUGAAGCUUGGAUUGGAUCCUUCUCUAUUGAACGAAAUAGAACCAUUAACUUCAAAGCAACCUCAUAAGAUAAAGGGGACCUCUGAAGAAGCCAGCCAAGCUCUUAUGGACAUGUUUGGGUCUGUGGAUAUUCCUGAGCUUUUGGAUAACUUAAAACAAUCACAGAAUAUGCAUGAACAAGCCGAUAUCAUUCAUUACAUGUAUCUGGCAAAAGGAAUUAACUUUAAGGUAACCAUUGGAGAGAGUCAGUGUUCAGUGAAGGAUCUACUACGUGAACUAUAUGAAAAAGCGGGUUACUGGAAGCAGUGGUGGCUGGUGAGACAUACUGCUGGCAUGUUGAAGAAGAGGAUUGAAGAUCUUGCUCUGGCUGCCACAGAUCUUUUGGUACGUCAGAAGCAGUUGUCUGUGGGUCUUCCUCCCGACCGAGAGAAGAUCAUCACCAGUCCCUUGCCACCAGAUGAACUUUCUGAAAUGAUAUAUGAAUCUUGUGGAGAAGAUCUGAGUACUGCUGCUUUGACACAGGAAUUGUUAAUGUAUUUGGCUAUGUUUAUCCGCACUGAGCCGCAGCUUUUCAAAGAAAUGUUACGUCUCCGUGUGGGGCUUAUCAUCCAGGUGAUGGCCUCAGAAUUGGCCAGGACUCUCAAAUGUACAGGAGAAGAAGCUUCUGAUCACCUGUUGAAUUUGAGUCCAUUUGAAAUGAAAACACUUCUUCAUCAUAUUCUUAGUGGGAAAGAAUUUGUAAUUAGCGCAGGAAAAAAAGACAAAAAGGAACGUACUGCCCCUGAAGACACUCAUGACCGAAUACGGCUUUCAUUCACGGCCAAGGACAAACACGAAGAGAAAGUAUUUGCACGACUCAGUCGCUCUUAUAAGUCUGGACCGGCAAUUGAGAUAACUCAACCUGUGGAUGAUACUGAGGAACAAGGCGAAGAAGAUGACGACGAUCGCCAGGGCCAGUGGUUACGACGACGGAGGCUAGAUGGGGCCCUUAACAGAGUACCUGUUGGAUUCUAUGAGAAACUUUGGAAAAUCUUACAAAGAGUCGAAACCCUGUCUAUUGCCAACAACACUCUGGAGACAAUGCUAACCAGAGAAAUGACAUCUGGAGAGUUCAAAUUCGCCCUGCAAGUCGAAACAGUUCUAAACAUGAUUCCACAGCCAGAGUACCGACAACUGAUGGUAGAGGGUAUGAUAGUUCUAACCACACUGCUUGAUGUUGACCCCAACUGUCGGAUCAAACUUCACCGUACUAUCUAUAUUGACAAAAUUGUACAAGAGGCCAACCAGAUUUACCUAAAAGAACAGAAAAUGCCAGAAGACGUACAAAAGCAAUUCAUGGGAGCAGCUGGUAUCUGCCAGCAUUUUUAUGACAGUGCACCAAGUGGACGAUAUGGCACACUAUCUUACAUGUGUCGAGCCCUAGCCAUUAUCCUUCACCUUCCUGUUGAUUCAGACAAUGGACUUGAGUGUGCUAUUAGUUAAACUUUAUAAGAAAUAUUUAUUUUAUAUAUAUAUAUAUAUAUAUAUAUAUAUAUAUAACAAAACAAAAACUGAUUUAUUGUUAUUUUUAUUAUUAUUAUUACUGUUAUUAUUAUUGAGUUUGUGUCAAAUUGGAAAGAAUAUUAUUAUUAUUAUUAUUUAUUUCUUGAUGUGAGAUGAAAUUUUGUUCUUUUUUUUUUAAAAAAAAAUUAUUAUUUUUGUUUCCUUAAUUUUGUUUUAAGGAAUAAAGAAAGGUAACCUGUUAAUCCAUGAAUAUAAUUUAGGCAGCGCCUCAGCAUGGCUGCAGUCGACUGACUGAAACCAGCAGAAGGUUAUAAUAACCUGAACACAAGACUAUAAUUUCUUUAUGCAUGUGUAAGGAUGUAUAAAUCAUGAAAAGCACAAUUUGAUAUAUAUUAGUAGCAAAGACAUCUAUUUUAUAUACACUUAUAAAUCUGGUGCAGUUUGAAGUCUUGCAGACCUGCGUGAUU